GCAGCAGCAAACAGAGAGGGGGAGAGAGAGAGAGAGUGUAGAGAUGAGGAGAAGAGUUUCACGGCGGAGAAGCAUCGCAGACGUUGCCAAAAUUCAGAUGAUGCAAUACAUACGGAGAGAUUAGAUUAGGUAGAUAGGCAUGCUACAUACACACUAUUCGAAACUCCAUUUGGAUUUUUCUCAAUUCAUUUUAAUUAUUUAUUAUCCAGUGGGCCGGUGUGAUUUGUGAGGGGCAAAGUGUUAAUAUAUUCCUUCGUUCUCUUGGGCCGCAUGUUGGUCUCUCUGUCUCCCGUUCUUGUCGUUCUUGAUCGUUCUGUUUUUCUGGAAAUUUUGAACUGUUUUUGUUGAUGGUUGAGGUGGUGGUGGCGGUGUUGGCCUAGUUUGGGAUUUUUUUUUUAUAAUGUCGCAGAAGAGGCAGCAGGAGGAUGGAAAGGCUCGAUCGGAAGGGAAUUUUUCAGAGGAUAAGAGGAGAAAAUUGAAGAACGUGGUUCAAGAUGUUAUGAGGAUGCAGUCACUUCAGCGUUAUUUAGAGCCGUUGAUUCGUAGAGUGGUCAAGGAGGAAGUUGAGUCUGCUCUUAAAAGGCAUCUAUCCAGCAUUAAACAGAACAGCAGGAAAGAGAUGUGUACUACUGAAUCUAGAAGCUUGCAACUGCACUUUCUAAAUAAUCUCUCACUUCCAGUUUUCACUGGAGCUCGAAUUGAAGGAGAAGAUUGUUUUGCUAUCAAAGUUGCUCUUGUUGAUGCUAGUACUGGGAAAAUUGUUAGCACAGGUCCUGAAUCCUCUGCCAAGGUUGAAAUAGCAGUUCUCGAGGGGGACUUUGAUGGUGAUGACAACAACAUCUGGACACGUGAAGAGUUCAUAAGUAAUAUUGUUAGAGAAAGGGAGGGGAAAAAACCCCUUCUUACCGGAGAUGCAUUUCUGAAUCUUAAGGAAGGCAUUGGUUUCAUUGGCGAGAUCUCAUUUACAGACAAUUCUAGCUGGACAAGGAGUCGGAGAUUUAGGCUUGGGGCUAGAGUUGUGGAUAACUUUGAUGGAACUAUAGUUAGAGAGGCAAAGACGGAAUCCUUCAUUGUCAGAGAUCAUCGCGGAGAAUUGUACAAGAAGCACCAUCCCCCAUCUUUAUUGGAUGAAGUAUGGAGAUUAGAAAAGAUUGGAAAAGAUGGAGCUUUCCAUAGACGUCUCAGUCGAGAGAAUAUCAAGACCGUGAAAGAUUUCUUGACCCUGCUCGUUAUAAACCCUCCAAGGCUUCGGCAUAUCCUUGGCACAGGAAUGUCUGCUAAAAUGUGGGAAGUUACUAUUGAGCAUGCCCAAACAUGUGUCCUUGAUAAGAAAAUCUACAUGUACAGCCCUCAUGGUUCUCCACAGAAGACCGGCGUGGUCUUCAACAUUGUGGGUCAGUUGCUGGGGUUACUCUCAGAGUGCCAGUAUAUUCCUACGGAAAAGCUGUCUGAAACUGAAAGGGUUGACGCUCAAAACUUGGUAAUUGCUGCAUUUGAACACUGGGAGGGAGUUGUCUCUUUUGAUGAUGAAUCGUCUCUAACAGGAGGCAUUUCACAGUUGUCUAAUGUUCUUCUCAGCUCAAGUAUAACCACAACAGAGAAGUCUAAUGCAAGCACGCUUUUGGCCUCAUAUAGGACAGGUGGAUUUGAUUACGCUCAGCCAGAUCCCGCCUCACCAGAUAUCAUGCCAUCAACGUAUCCUGUUGGGAGUGCAAGUGGCUUGGAUGAUUAUGCCUUGCAUGGUAUCCAAAAUAUUGAUCUUAAAUACGACCAGACUUUGAGUUUUGGUGGCCAACUUCCCAACUCCCUGAUCUGUGACAUAGAAUCCAUAAACCAAUCUUUCUGCGAUGGUGACCAUCUUCAAUUUUUCGAUACUGAUCUUCAGACUCAGAAUGUCAGUUUGGAAUCAGAAGCUGAUUUACAGAGUGCACUCGAUAGCUUCCUGUCUCGUGCUACUAUCUGUAAAGCUCAAACGAGAUGGACUAAAAUCUCAAGUGUAUUGAAGUGGUUCUCAAUACGGAAACUUGUGGCAUUAAAACGGAGCCGUGUCCGAGAAACUCCAAGGUGAUGUAGGUAGUACAAAUAAUUGGUGUGGAAAUAUAUCACAAAUAAGCGCUCCCCGGUUAAAAUUUGUGCAGUUUAGAGUGAGACAUUAGAUUAGAUGUAGUCAUGUAGAUAUAGCUGGUUCAUAAAUCUCGACUCUGCUGGCAGCAGACGAGACGAUUCCCAUGCCCUUCCAUAUUAAAUUUGUAAGUAUGUAUGAUCCACAAAGUUAUAAUCUUCUGGGUUGUACUGUUGUAGUUGCUUAGCUCGAAUACAGGCACACGGGCGCCCGAAAUCGGUGUGCUUGAAAUUCUGAAGCUUUCCAAGUUAUUUUUGGAUCACUGCAGCAUUCAUUCUGUAUGAUUGGUUCAUUUGAAUUUGUCUGUCCUGUCAUUGAUUUGUAUACAGUUGUAUUAGUCACUUUGCUGCCUGAGUUUUAGGCUUUGGUGUGGA